AAAAAAAGACGCCACAGGAGUUCCCUGGUGGUGCAGUCAGUUAAGGAUCCUCUUCUCACUGCUGUGGCUCCGGUUACUGUGGUGGCGCAGAUUGUAUUCCUGGCUCCGGAACUUCGGGCAUGCCACCAACGUGGCAAAAAAAAAAAAAAAAAAAAAAAAAAAAAAACCACAAUAUUUCUUUUAAAAGGAGAAAUAAAUCCCUGGGGAAGCUCCGCACAUAGCUUGGAUCUCGGUCACCUGCAUUUCCACUUCUUUCGCCCCAAGCCCCUUUUCGGGCCCCUGGGUCCCAGCGAGCCUCUUGCAUCCCGUCCUUCCCGCGCUCCUCCACCCACAGGUUGCCUUGGAAACAAGCCAGGUUGCGCAGAGACUCCUGUGACGCGGGCCCCGGAGCGUCCCGGAGAUCAAACCUGGACAGCCAACCUCAGCAACAGGCUGGGGGUCCGAAGGAGGGGCCGGGAGCAAGAGGCGCCAAUACUGUGACGCCCAGCAGAUCCCGCAGACCCUGGCCCCGCCCGCUGGCUCCGCCCCCCGCCGCCCCCUCCCAGGUGGUAGAUAUAAAGUCACAGCCCCGACCGCGGCUCACUACGCCCUGACCCGGCCCGACUACCUGGAGUCGGGAGACCCUGCUCCUCGUGCCUCUCCCCAAUGGCUGACCAGCUCUUUCAGCGCAAACCCUGGGACCCCGAGCAGCUUCGCCCGGACCCCGACGCUGACUCCGAGGAAGGCCUGUUUGACAAACCUCCCCCGGAAGAGCCCCCAGCUGUCCGCGGGCCCAAGUCGGCAUGGGCUGCGGGCCGGAAGGCCAGUCGUCGUAGCGGCUGGAGGGCGCAGGGGGCCCGCUCCGGGCAGCACCCCAAGGCCGCAGCGCGUCCCCCGCCCCAAGAGGAGGCGUCUCCACUGGACGAGGGCUGCUAUCUCGACCAUUUUCCGCAUCUCUCCAUCUUUAUUUACGCGGCCAUUGCCUUCUCCAUCACCUCCUGCAUUUUUACCUAUAUCCAUUUACAGCUUGUCUGAGUUGCCAGGGCAGGACGGGGUGGGCGCAAGGCCGAGAGAGGAAGCAAGGGGAAAAAGGGGGCUCAGCGUUUUGUGCCUGGAGACGCGCUGCACGCACUCCAUCUAGCUUUUGAUGCUUGUUUUUUCUCUGCUUGUUACCGCCUUUGUCUAACUACCCAUCAGUAGGAACGUCCAAAGCAGCUGCUGCUAACGAAAUAAGCGCCUGGGGACCAGGGGAGGAGACACAGACCCCAACAUUUAGAAUCUUUGGUUGCGAUAUAAUUCCGCUUAUAAUGAGGAUAAUAUCCCUGGAAUCUACCGCUUUGUGAAAUGGGGGUGGGGGGGACGCACAGAGAGCAUCAUUUUGUGUCUGAGGCGGGCACAGCCAGCACAACCUACUGUUCUUUAAGGGAUAAUGAGCCAGACCUGGGCCCGUGGAGGAGGGUUGGCGCACUGGCCCGGGCUGGAUCCUUGUGAUGCAGCACCGCCCCCGAGAGGAGCCAGCUGUGCCCCCACCUCCCCCCGAACUGGCACAGACAAGAGCCCUAAGCGCGGGAGCCGGUGGACAUGAACGCGCAGCAGACGCCGCAGGAGCGCAGGACACGGCUUUGAUGCCGCUACCGAUGUCGCGGCGGAACGGAGACACAUAGCCGAAAGAGCUGUUCUGCCAGGAAGCCAUGCUCUGGUCGUGUCCUGGACGGCGUGGGACCAGCGGCUGCAAACAUUAAAGGGAAGCAGGCCCGCACGCUGCUGGGAUGAGGCUCUAGGGCCCAGGCUGGGGUCCAUGGGAGGGCUGUCAUUGAGUCUUUGGGGACUUGGGGGAGGCAAAUCCUUGGCUAUGGGACCCAAGACGAAUCGGGUGAGGGGAUCUCUCAUUGAUAAGAAUUCGUGCUGGGAAGCUACAGGACCUUUAGAGGUUUGUCCUCUAAGAUCCAGAAGACCAAAUACCAAAAUCCAGCUUGGCAGGUUACCCACCCACCAUGUUUACUCAUGAAUGUCAAAUGUCAUAAUGUGUGGCUCUAAUAUUGCAUAUACUUGACUUGGAAAUGUCUGUAACUAUGGUAAUUAGUCCAAUGUAAUAAAUCCUUUUUCAGUCAAAUUCUUAAAAAAUACUAUAGUCAUCUUAGUGAAUGUUAAUUCAUAUCUCAUUGUGGUUUUGAUUUGCAUUUCCCUGAUGGUUAAUGAUGUUGAGUAUCUUUUCAUGUGCUUUAGCCAAGCGUCUGUCUGUCUCUGAAGAAAUACCUAUUCAGAUCGUUUAUCCCCUUUAAAACUGGGCUGUUUGUCUUGAAUUCUAUGGAUUCUUUAUGUAUUCUAAAUAUAAGUCAAUGAUCAGAUAUG